UUUAUGAGUUUACUUGAUUAAAAAAAAAAAGUAAUCUUUCCUGCGUUUGUUUGUAACUUACAUAUACAGGAAAAAGUUAUAUAUUUUGUUCUACCAUAGUAGCAUCAACAAUAGUUGUUGAACCGGAAUCUUGUAUCGUCAACACCAGGAUCUAACACUCAAAUAAAAAUCCAAAACAGCCCUUCAACUGUUGGUGUCGUUCUUUAAAGUAGAAGAUAGCUGGGACACUUUCAGAUUCACGUUAGUGAAAUACUAUUUUGAGUUGCCUUUAUUUCCAAUAAUUAAUGCAGCAUAAAUACAUAACCUCUUACCCUUCUGUUGCUCAUAAGAAUUGAGAAUGCCAUGAGUCCCUUCCAUCUUUUCAUUUUUAACAUAUAAUAGAGCUUUUGUGAUUACCUUUUCCUUAUCACUUCCUUUCAGACAUUCCAACUUUGUCACAGAACAAAUGAGUUCUCUUCCGUGCUUGCUUUUGGCCAUUAUUCUUCCCUUGUGUUACUGUGUUGAUGCUGCUUGCUCUAAUGGAAUAUGCAAGGUUUGUAUACCCUACCACCUCUUAUUUGAAUCAUGCCUUUUACUUUUCAGUUUCAAAAUUGGUAUUAUAUUUGUUUUCAAUCUUUGAUCAGCUAAAUGAUGAGUGCUCGUCUAAUGGUGAUUGUGGAACUGGACUCUAUUGUUUCUCAUGUCCACUUGGGUUUUCAGGCUCUAGGUGUGUGAGAUCUUCUGUCACAGAUCAAUUCAAGCUCAUAAAUAAUUCUCUUCCAUUCAACAAAUAUGCCUUUUUGACAACACACAAUUCUUUUGCUAUUGAUGGAGAACCAUCUAACACAGGAGUGCCUCGAGCCACCAUCACUAAUCAAGAAGACAGUGUAACGCAGCAGCUAAAAAAUGGAGUUCGGGGACUAAUGCUAGAUACGUAUGAUUUUGAUGGAGAUGUGUGGUUAUGUCAUUCAUUUCGAGGCCACUGCCAUGAUUUCACAGCUUUUGAACCAGCUAUAGAUACACUUAAGGAAGUUGCAGCUUUUCUAUCUACCAACCCAGAGGAAAUUGUCACACUCAUACUGGACGAUUAUGUUAAAACACCCAAAGGGUUGACAAGAGUCUUUACAGAAGCUGGUUUGAUGAAGUUUUGGUUUCCUGUGACGAGAAUGCCAGAAAAAGGAGGAGACUGGCCUCUUGUGAGUGAUAUGGUUGCUAAAAAUCAAAGAUUACUUGUGUUCACUUCAAGAAAGUCUAAAGAACAAAGUGAAGGCAUUGCAUACCAGUGGAAUUACAUGGUUGAAAAUCAGUAUGGAGAUGGAGGAAGAAAAGCAGGAAGGUGUCCAAAUAGAAAAGAAUCUUCUCCUCUUGAUGACAAGAGCAAGUCCUUAGUGUUGAUAAACUAUUUUCGCACUUUUCCACUUAAGCCAAUUACAUGUGAAGAUAACUCUGGAGGUCUCACUGACAUGCUGAAAACCUGUCAUGGUGCUGCUGGCAACAGGUGGGCUAAUUAUGUUGCUGUUGACUAUUACAAGAGAAGUGAAGGAGGAGGACCUUUUAAAGCUGUGGAUACUCUCAAUGGGAAGCUCUUGUGUGGUUGUGAUGAUGUCCAUGCCUGUGUGUCAGGGUCUACUUCACAAGCUUGCUCAGCCCAGAAAGCAUAGCAAGUAGCAACAAGCUUCUUGUAAUGUUUGAGUGUUUGAGUCUGUUUAAGUGUAAUAUCUUGCCUUCAUUACCACGUUUUCCUGGUUCGAUAUAAUCAUACAAGUACUACUGUAUGCCAGUGCUACCGGAUUAUGAGUUUGUAUAAAUUUGUAAUGACAUUAUAUAAAACUAUCAAUGUUUUAAGAUAAUGGUACUUCUUCUAAGCAAAUGGGAAAAUCUUUUAAGAUUUGCACUGAGCCAUGCGUUACUCUAUAUUCUAACCUCCACUCAUAAUGAUAGAAGUUCUAUUCUGUUGCCAUAAUCCUACUAAUUUUUGAGCAAUUUGUGAGGAAUUCAAAUAUGGAAUUGAGAAUCUCACAUAGAAUAGAGAUGAGUAAGAUGAACAUGCCAAAAAAAUAAAAUAAAAAACUCACAAACCUAUUGUUUUAUGGGCUUUUUAUAAGAGGUGCCUAUGAUAUCUCAUGUAUGUUGACUAAUGAUUCAGAACUCAUCAUAUUCAAAUUUUUUGGUUACAAACCAACUCUCCCCAAUUCCAAUCGUAACUAUAUGGUUUAACUUUUCCAAUAUUAGUUUUGUGUUGGAUUUUAACCCGACUAACGUAAUGAAAUAUCAAGAAAUGUUGAUAGAUGAAUUAGAAAUUUCAUUUCGAACUCUUAUUUUGGAAAGCAUAUAUUGGACAACCGAUAAUGGGGCAUAUAAAAACAAUUGGAAAGACAAAUAGUUUUCUCAUGACAACACAGCUCAAAUUUCUAUUAUCCUUAUUAACGCAAAACACUUUCUCAAAGUUAGGGUUGUGGAUGCUUGGGAUGGGUCUAUUCCUACCUUUCUGCAACAAGUACCGAGAGUGUAGAAUCUAUAACAUCUGAUUUUAACUUGUGCUUAUUUUUAUCCUUCCUCGCAUCCAUGUUCUUGGAGUAAGAGUAUUCGGUUGCAUAAUCCCUCCAACUAAAACUCUGAUUCUUAGGAAACUCUUAAUAGACUCCCUUCUGAUAGCCAUGCGACACAACUCUUUUCAUGUAGUAAGCAAGAACACAACUCUUCUCAUGUUUUUCUUUUAUGUUCUACCGCUAGAAGUCUCUGGACUUUGGCUUCAAGGAAUUUUUUUCUGGUUUUAAUUCAUGUCUAACCAUGAUAUUUUGAGUCUGCUAUGUAGUGCAGGUAGUCCCUUGUCAAGGAGAUUCAUUUAGUCAUUAUAACCUAAUUUAUACAUAUUGUCAGGGUAAACAAAAUUUAUACGCCAAUCAAUAUAAAAUCUUCAUAAGUAUGAUUCUAAAGAUAGUUAUUUUAAAAAUCACCUCACUUAUCAUACAAGGGAGUCUGCGAAUGAAUGACGCUGUAAAAACUCUUUACACCCAGUGCAUACACUAUUAAUUUCUAAUCGAGUGGAAAUUAUCAGAUCUUUUCUAAAAAGCUUGCAUCUGUACCUAUAAAAGAUACAACCAGAGAACUUCUACAA